AGCAGAGGCAGAGAGAGAGGGAGAGGGAGAGGGGGAGGGGGAGAGAGAGAGAGAUGGGUUCUCCAGUGCCGCUCCGUCCCCUUGCUCUUGCCUGCUUCAUCUUCCUCUGUUCAUCCUUCUGGGCAGCAAAUGGGAUGUACGGUAGGGUUGGUGCGGCGGCGGCGGAGGUGGAGAGCAGGAGGAGGAUGCGGCUGCACACCGACGGGAGCCGCGGCGACGCGCACGCGUGGCCGGGGUACCUCUACACCCGAGCAGUUGGGAGAUGCACACCCCAGUUCUGGAGCAGUGGAGCUGAGCCGUGGCCAAACAUCGUUCCUCAGGAAGCAGCUGUGUCAAAGGUCUUUGGCUCCAGGUCCGUUGAGAGAUACGGACCACGCCUCACCCUGCUGGAAGCUACCAUGAGAACCGACGACAUCGGUGGCAGUGCCUUUGUGAAGCUCGUGAAGCAAGGAAGUGCUGCUCUCCUCAAUGCCUACACGAGGAGAGGUUUCCCUUUUGAUUCCUGGGAGGUGAAGGCCUUGCUGUUAGAGGCGCUAGUGUCUGAGGAGGUGGCUGCAGUCCAGGCAGAACGAUUUGAGCAGGCGAAUGAGUCCUGCGUUUGAUGGAUGAAAUGAUGAUGAUGCUGGAGCUUCUGUCCCUGCUUGGAAGCUGUAUCAGAAGGGCGAUAGUGUAUUGUGUUUGUAGUAGGUCACCUCUUCUGUGACUUUGGUGUUGAGGUCUCUGAAGCAGGGCCCUCUUUUCGUUGGCAUAAUAUUUCUCUAGAUGCAGGGUAAUGGUGUUUGUGUAAGGUUAUGCGCAUUGAUGUGCAGGCCCUAAUGUAUGCAUUGUACUUUUGGUAUUGCAACGAACCUACAUGGACUUGUACACAUUUGUCUAGACUAUAUAAUGAAAUCCUUGGCAACCCCAUGGGUAUGUCGUUCCAUAAUA